AUGUCCGACAUUGACGUCGACAUUGACCCAGAGCUCAAACCUCGGGAUUACUCCCCUUCUCUUUCUUCUGGAGGAGGAUCGACUUAUCUACCUUCUCCCAAGACCACUCCCCAGAAGGUUAAAAGUACUAAACGACCGACAAGUGACGAUAACAAACGAGGUAUCAAGCGCUCCGCUCCGACCAGCGAGGAGAAGGGAUCACCUGUUAAGAAACGAGGGGCACCUACGAAAGAAGAUAGGGGUGGAGUGACAGGACGUAAAAUGGGGGCUUGGACCAAAGCUGAGGUUAGACAAUUGUGGGAUGCUUUGGGUUUAACACCGCCAAAGGUCAAAUGGGACGAAGUGGCUGACAAGGUGCCCGGUCGAGACAAGUUGUCUUGCUCCAACAAGUGGAGAUAUGACAUGUUCCCUAAAUUGGAAGCGUUCAUCAAUUCAUUGGGAGAUUGA